GGAUCUAAAACAUCGUGAAUAUCGAUAGCUGAAAUCGAAACUUUUCCCAUCUCUAGGCUGCCAGACGACUAUAUAGCGCCAAAAUGAAGGUCAUCUACAACACCCUGUUCAAACGUACCUCCACUUACGCCGUGGCCAUCAUCGCGUCUACGUUCUUCUUCGAGCGGGCCAUCGAUGUGACCUCAGUGGCGAUUUUCGAGAGCAUCAACAAAGGCAAACUCUGGAAGGACAUCAAGGCCAAAUACGAGUAAAUUAGUAUGAUUUGAUGUAAUUAGCAUAAUAAUCAACGUUUAUUCUAAACGAAACGAAAACUAA